AGUUCUAAAUGUGGUUGCUUGGUUUAUUUCCAAUGAGACUGAGUCUCCAUAUUUUCUUUUCCACUUUCAUACACCAUUACAUUAACAUAUCAACUUGAUAAACAAGACCGGGAGUCUACCCACAAAGCAGACAAACAUCCUGUCCUCUAUUAUCUGGGGUUCUCCCAGAAUUAGGUGAGGAGGUCAAAGCCUGGAGAAUCCUGUCACGUGUCUCACACCAUGAAUGUAGUGUACAGUAUGUAAUCCACACACAUGUGUACUGUACACAAUAAUAACAGAAGUGAUACUGAAAUUCCAUUUUAUAAGCAAGUUGAAAUUGAGGAGCUGUAAAGAGCAAGUCAAGAAGGGGAUGAACCUGCAAGCCCCAGGACACACUUAUGACUAGGAUCUUAAAAUUUAAUUAACUUGAAAAGUAAAUUGCCCUUAAUUAACCUUCUGAAUUCUAGAAAGAUACAGUAUCCAAUGGUAUGAAGGUACCCUAAAAGAGAGAAGGUUGAAGAAUUUUUGCAGUUGAGCAUAACAACAUGUGUUCCCAUCCUGCAUCUGGCUUGCAAUUAUCUGAUGAAAGAGUCACACAUAAUGGUAAGAUGACCGUCGACAGUGGCGGUGGAGGCAUGGGUGGUGGCUGUGACACCGCCGUGGAAACAGAGGGCCAUGAGAAGGAAAUGCAUGCACACCUCAUACACUACCAUCCUUCCUUCAGCUCUCAAGCGAGCCCAACAUUGUGCUGUCUGACUGGCCUGAACUUCACCAACUCCUCGUCUCAGCCCUUGUCAUACCUCAUUCAGUACCAGACGCCCAACAGACGCUCAUCCAGAGAGAGCAAUCAUGCGAGUGCCUCCUUAAUGGGGUGGUUGAACCAGUCACAAGACCCGGGCACAGGACCUGAAGACAUAACUGUCGAUGACCCAGAGAACCUCACAACACUGUGGCCUGAUGACCCAGAUUCCGGCCACCCUUUUACCAGAGCAGCAUUACAGGGGGACGUGAGCACGGUCAAAGAUUUUGUCUCUCGACAGACUUUCGACCCAAGUUCCAAAAAAGCUCAGCAUGCUCUGUUGGUUGCCUGUCGCACUGGAAAUGUGGAGCUAACUCAGGUGCUGCUGAAUGCUGGUGUUGAUGUCCACUGCAAGGAUGCCAAGUCAGGUUGGCAACCUAUUCAUAUUGCCACAUAUCGUGAUCAUGUUGCUGUGGUGGAAGCCUUGGCCAUGCAUGGGGAGUGGCGUAGAGGCGUUGCUCUGGUCAGGUUCCGUGGUAUCACCUGUAACCUACUACACCUAGCUGCUAAUUUUGGUUGUCUGGCAGUCUUGCGUUUUCUUCUCUCUCACACUGUCCGCCUCGGUCUUCAUAUAGAGGUCAGGGAUGCAGCACACUGGACUGCCCUUCAUCAUGCAGCUUUUGAGGGUCGCCUGCAAGCUGUUACCCUUCUUCUGCAGGCUGGGGCUGAUGUCAACAUUGGAGAUCCUCAUGGGGUAACGGCGCUACACGUGGCAGCGUACAGAGAUCACACCAACAUUGUCCGCUUCUUACUAUCACGUGGAGCGAAUCCAAAGAUGAUUGUUAAAUCUCCGACUUCUGGGAUGUGCCGCACUGAGAGAGGAUUGGAAAGGGUGGAACCUAUAAUCAAAUUCCAUGUAGGAUCCACACUCCUCCACUGGGCAGCUGGUCAGGGUUAUGAUGACCUGGUGGCUGACUUACUGGCCCGAGGGCUUGUUGUUGAUUCAGGAGACCGUUUGGGUCGCACUCCUUUGGGUUUGGCUGUUUGGGCAGGACACACCAGUAUUGUUAACACACUGCUGCAGGAGAAGGUGUCGUUGUCAGAGGACGACAAGGACUGGCGCUCCAUAACACGGGAGGAAGUGGGGCUGUGUAUCGUGAAAGUGAUUGAAGAGACGGCUGUUUGUGCAUUAGAUGCCAGCCGCUCAGAUGGUUUUACUCUUCUCCAUCUGGCUGCUCAGCAUGGCUACCCUAACAUGAUGCACAGGCUACUCUCCCUUAAGGUGUCUCCAGAUGUAAAGAACAACCAUGGAGAGACACCGCUCUUUGUGGCCAUCCGCAGUAACCAGCUGGCUUGUGUACAACAGCUCAUCAACGCCGGUACGCGUCUCAGUAUAAUGGACAAUCGUGGCGGCUCUGCACUACACAUGGCAGCUAAGAAUGGGAAUGUCACUGUUAUUGACAUGCUUCUCACUACUUCUGAGCUAGAAGAACGUGAUGUGGAUAUCAAUCGGUGUGAUAACAUAGGCUACACACCAAUUUAUUAUGCCAUCAAUGCCAGCAGAUAUGACAUUGUUCAGAGGUUUCUGGAGUACAGCUUAGUACGUAAGGUACACGUCAAAGCAACCAACGGUGAAACAUUGCUGCAGUUCUACACAGAGAGGAAUAACCUAGGACAGUACGACAACGCAGUAGUACGAGUUCUUGAGUGUGAAAAGUUCCUCCACACCACCAAAGCCAGUGCUGAACUGUGCCUCCGAGUGCAGCUCGGGACAACAGAGGCAAGCUCCAAGGCUCGCACUCAACUGCAAGCCAUGUACGAGUCUACUAAAGCUCAGCGCCACUGCUGGAACUUCUGGUUCUUUCUUUCGUGUUUUCUUCUGCCUUCUGUGUUCUACUAUCUGGACGUUUAUACGGACAUCCUCCUGGCAGUGGAGUAUUACCAGGACUACAUGCUCAACCUCAACCUCACAGAUUACUCGGGGGACAACCAAACUCAGGAUGAAGAGGCUCUCGCUGAGUUUGAAGAGGAGUACAGAAGAAAGUUCAUGGACAUCUUCGAGGACAUCACGGACUCCCAGUACAAGAUUAACUUUGUUUUGACUAUGUUCUUCAUCUUGCUACCUAUCACCCUGCUGUCUAUGUGGAACCUUUAUAUCCACGUCACACAGCCAGACAUCCUUCCAGUGUUUCGUCGCUUACCCAGCUUCCUACGGAUGUCUGUGUACACCAUCAUCUUUUUGACACCCCUUGCACCCGUCAUGGCAUACCUGGAGAAUACCUAUGCUCAGAUGAAACACAUGAAUGUGACUGCCAGACAAAUGCAGGAGGAAUGCUUGUGCAAGCUGGAACUGGACACAAAAGUGGACUCAAAGUCAUACAACAGCUUUCCAACACAUGGUAACACAAAGACUUACCGGCACCACAUGCGAGAUAUGAAGAUCCGUAAAUACUAUGACCUGAAGCACGUGGCACAGAUGAGAGUGGCCAUAACUAAUGUAAUGGAAGCAACUUUGGAGUCGGCAUUUCAACUUAUCCUACAAUUGUAUAUAGUUGGCACUCGUUACAAUGAGCUAGACAAGGUGAAGGACGUAACCUUGGGCUCCAUCCUCUCUUUAUCUCCUCAUGGGACAGAGACACAACUGUCAAAGCAAGUUUUUUCAGUCCUCAUAUCGUUAGUGUCACUCACCUGGUCAUUCACCUCCUACCAUCGUUUCUCCAAGCUGGGCGGCCUCACCAUCCUCAACGCUCUGCCAUUACUCUUUGCCAUUUUCUUCCAGGUUGUGUCAAGGGCAAUAGCGUGUACACUCUUCACUCUGGCGUACACAUGGAAGGUGUUUGUGGUGCUUGGUAUCCACUUUGUUAUUGUGUUGGUCUUCAAGUUGAAGCUUGAGGAGAGGUCAGUGUUGCCUGUACGUAAUAAUUUAUGCUGCCACUGCUUCCUGGCAUACCUCCGCCCCUACUUCUACGUCUUCCUGGGCACCAUUGCAUCAACUCUGGUGUAUUUCCGUCUGGAGCGACCGUCCGCCGUGAAGAAGCAGCUCUCUCGUCGACAUUCCACUGUUGUUAUUCAGGUGCUGUUUCUGAUCCUGGCGUUUGUAGAGAACUUGGUGCUCCUUUCCUUAGGCAUUGUGGGCUUGGACAAGGUAAAAUACGACAACACCUUCAUCAUCAUCUCGGCCGUCUUGUGUGCCAUCAGUUACCUCACUGGUGUUAUACUUCAUGGGGUAUACUAUGGUUGUUUUGGCCACCCAUGGGUAGACAUCAACGGACCCUCCGUGACCCGAGACCCAGACGAGGGAACUCUGGUGUUGCAGUACUAUCGCCAGGGUCAGGUGACAUAGUGGUGCAUCCUCUCGUGCUGCUCUAUCAGUCGUCACAGUCAGCUGCCCGUGGAAAACAUCCAAAGGUACCAUCAAGAGUUGCAGAUCACUUACAAGGAGUGAUGGGGCAAGCUUUAUGGAGCAGUAACUGUAGAGGAUGCAUAACACAGUGUUUGAAACUUAAAGAACUGUGACGUUUUAUCUACCUAGUGUUUUUCAUAAUUUUAUUUUGCUGUGAUGAAAGUUAGUUGGGAAUACUGUAUGAUUUUUUCCCAAUUAAAUUUCUGUCUCUUGUGAUGUGUGUUCAUGUGCUUUUUAUACACUAAAUGAUAAAUUACAAUGGAAUCAUGAGUACAGUUUAUAGUUAUCAAUGAUGUGUUUCAUCUCAUUGGAACAUUGAAAUAUUUACUCUGACAAUCUCGAAUCAUUUCUGAUUUAUACGAGACUUGGCUGAUAUUUCAAUCAUUCUGGGACAAACAGAAAUAUUAAAUGUCAGAUGGUUUCAUUUUUAGAGACUUGCUUUAUCGCUUUUAAUGAGAACUAAUAAUGAUCAUUUAGGUCUAGUCACAAACUCAGUGUGUUUGUACAUACAAUACCAUGUAUAUAUCUUACUUUUACUCAUAAUUUGGGUCAGAUGUAUAUAAAUGAGUAUGCUAUAAAAUUGUAAGGCUUGUGAUAGAUAAAACUAACAAUACUUUUGGCCAAUUGUACAGAUAAUUUUUCUGUAGAGAUGUUUAGUGUACUUUAGACAUUAGGUAGGGGGAUGGCUGAGGUAAUGCCAAUAAGCCCUUCUUGCUCUGUAUAGUCUCGAGCACUCACUUCCCCGUGUACAGCCGCAGGUGUUCCUAGCUUCAUCAUGUAUAUGGGUCAUAUACAGAGCUUCUCUGAGUAGUAUGAUAGGUCAUUUACCAGGUUUUAGGGAUUUCCAACUGCUCCACAGAAAUUGUGUUCACUUAUAUUGAAAUUUGGAAAGAGGAAGUAAUUUUAUUAUUAGCAAGAGAAGUGUGUUACUUGCCAGGAGCCUCCUCUUUGGUUUAUCACAACUCAAGUGUGGAUGAACAACCUCUUACUUAACCAAUAUUUUGUACUUAACUCUUGACAAACACUGCACUGUAUUCAUUUAUCAUCAUACUCUCACACUUUUUACUAAGGUAAUUACAGUCAGCUCUCUACUAUCCCUGGAGGAGGGGCACACGCCUGCACAUGGCGAUGUGCAGCAGUAAGAACGAAGUAUAGUUGAAUUAACAACUUCAUUACCAUAAAGGAUUUUGACCUCAAAGUCCUUUCAAACCAAGCUAUAUGUGAGCUGACCACGCGAGAGUACAAUACAGUAGUCUUAUUUUACUCGUGGUCUUGAGACCCUUCACCUAAGCAUGAUUGAUUUAGUUUAUAUCAAACAAUAAGCAGAAAUUGUUUUAAGAGAAAUACUUUCAUCUCAUUGAUUUUAUAACUAAUUAAAAUAUAUAUACAUUUUAUCCAUUACAUAAUUUAUCAAGCAGAGUGAUUCAUUUAUUGACCAGGAAGAUAUUGUGAGUGCAUUACUUUUGGGAAAGAGAUAUAAAUUGUGUAAGUUCUCAAAUGGGAAAUUUUUUUUUUCAAAAUUGUCCAUUACUGUAUGUGUAAUGUGGCUGCUGUAUGGGCUUCGUCUUUUUGUAUAGGAACUUACAAUAGUCUCUUAUCCAUUUACAACAAUGUGAUAUUAGGUGAAAGGUUAAGCCUGAAAUGUGAUCAUCAAGGUACUGUUUAAUUCACCAGACUCAGGUUCUUCAUUCAAAAGUACAGUAUUUUUGUUUAAAUAUACAAAAAUCCUUCUGUCACGUGAAAUCUGGGGCACCAUAUUUGUCGUAUGAACCACUCCCAUUUAUUUCUUCCAUAAUCAGCUUAAACUCACUAUUAACACUAUACAGUUUACAAUAAACACUCACCUCUUCACUUACAUUUUCAAUAGUUUGCUCUAAUUCCCAUUCAGGUGAAAGUUUGUUAGUUAAUCACUCUCUUAAAAUGUCUGUCAGCCACUGCAUAAUACUGCAGUUUUGCUCUAUGCUUUUAAUCCAGUUUGCUUUUUUUUUUUGAGUGAUACGUGAAUACUGAGUAUGUCACAGAUACCUGUAGUCCAUUUAUGUUACGGAUACUGUAGACAGCAAAACCAUGGAAAGUGCUGUACUAGGAUGGCUAAAUUUUGUGUGAAUAAUUGAUGCUUAUGAUUAGUUAAACUGUGGAUAGUAGAGAGUCUCCUGUAUUACUAACAAGUACCUCUGAAAAUUGUAGCAUCAGAGUAAUUGGCACAACUGGUCACAAAACUGUAAGCACGACAAAAGAAAUCACUCGAUAAUUUUAAUGACACCAGCAGCAUUGCAGUAACAUUACCACUAUAUGGUACUGCUGUAUUGUUGCUCAAACUUUGUUUCCAGAAAAUAUAAGACUAAUGGCCUUUAUUUCUUGGAGAGAUGAACACAGUGGAGAAUCAACACACACUAUACUUGAAGUAGUAACCCCUGUGCUACUCCCACAUAAUUGAGAGUGAUAAUACUUUCUCUCACAAUUUUCACUAACACUACAUUUAUCACCCCAUCACAAAACCUAUCUUGUCAUUACAUAUUUCAACACCAACAUAACCAUACCAUUUCACACUAUUGUCAUCACUUUUAACAUUACAACCACUACUCACAAUUUUCACAAAAUAUGUACCAUACCCAAAGAGGGUUUGAAAAGCUAAGUUCAUGGGGACGGUGGCUUAUGUAUUGUAAGUUAUUCAGGAAUUGGGAAGACAAUUGCUCCUAUGAACACUGAAAUGAAAGCAUGUGAUUCAAAUUUUAAUGAAGCCAGGUCAAUAUUUUUCUAAUACCAGAUGACUAAAUUAUUUAUCCAGGAUAAUGUUACUUGACCCAAACAUUAACCCUGUGAGUAUGAUGACUUAAUCCCUUUAGUGCAACAUUGUUCUACUAAAGGGAUUAAGUCAUCUAUUCAUUGAGUUAAGACAUUGUACUCAAGGGAAUAAGUCAUCAAACACCAGUGGUUAAGAUCUUUCUCAUUGAGCUAAUUCUUUGUACUCAGGGCGUUGGUAUUGUACUCAUGGGGUUCAUUAAACUGGUUAAUAUUAAUUAACCUGAACUACCACCACCACCAUUAUGACCACAAAUGUCCCUUAACAUAUUUCCUUCACGACCAUCAUCACCACUUCCUCCACUGCCACCAACACCCACUACCCCUACCAUUACCACGGUCACCACCACUACCCCUACCAUUACCACAGUCACCA